AUGGGUUCUAAAUUGCAAGAGUACAAAGACACAUUAGAGCGUAACCUCAACGAUAAAAGCAAGCCAUGGACGAAGUAUUUCGAACUAGCGGAGCAAAGAACAGGCGUUAACAGAGUCUACGUCUUUGUCGGCUUGGUGGCGUUCACCGGUUUAUAUUUAGUGUUUGGAUUCGGAGCUGAACUAAUAUGCAAUUCGAUUGGUUUCGUAUACCCGGCGUAUAUGUCAAUGAAAGCUUUGGAAUCGCCGCAAAAAGAUGACGACACUAAGUGGCUGACUUAUUGGGUGGUGUACGCUUGCUUCUCAAUAGUGGAAUACUUUUCGGACUUCAUCGUUGGAUGGUUCCCGCUCUAUUGGCUGAUUAAGUGCAUUUUCAUCAUCUGGUGCUACCUGCCAACGGACUACAAUGGCUCCUUGAUCAUCUACCAUCGCAUCAUCCGUCCUUACUACCAGAAACACCACGCCCGCAUUGACGAUCUCGCCAGCUCAGAUCCUCUAAAAAAACUUAUCGAGAAAACAAAUAAGCACAUGGAUAAAACAUUAAAAUCAUUCAACAAAGCGCUUUCUGAUCUCCACAAAGAUUAA